GACCCGGGACAUUGGAGGCAUCUCCUGUGUGUCCUCCUCGCUCUCUGCGCUGCUGGCUCCGCCGCCAUGCCCAACCUGAUUAUAGGCCCCGGUGGUAUUGGUAGGUCUCCGGGGCACCUGGGAGAGAUCGACCCUGGCUGCUGGGAUUCUUCAUCCCUUGCAGUGAUCCAGACGAGGCGGCUGCGGGUGGCAGACAGCGUGACAGCUCUUUGGGACUUCAUGACUUUUCUCCGCGCGUCGCAGCAGCAGAGGCACAACGACCUCUUUCUGGACCUUGCACAACACUUCUGGGCCAUGUACGUGGACUGCGUGCUAUCCCGUGCGCACGGGCUGGGCAAGCGCUACACCACCCUGUCCGAAUUUAGAAUCACGGAAUUCUCCCCAAAUUACGCACGGAAUUACGCAUAGUGUGGGUGCAGAGUACUGCGCACAGAAUUCUGCACCUUCCCCCAGGCACGCUG